AUGGUACGCCUGCCUCGAGCAACCGGCUCUGGUUCGGUUGUCGGGGCUGGCUUAUUAGAAGUUUGCGAUCAAUCAAUGUGUAUUUACUAUUCAACUCAGGUUGUUGAUAUCUAUCCUGUCACGGACCUGCCGCCCAGUGAGCUGGCCCUUGACCCUCAAUACACGAUGUCUCGCACGGAAAGUGCGUGCAGGCUAAAGCUUUUACGAGCGGACAUCGCAGUCGAUCAGCUUCCAUCGGGCUGUUCACUAACAGAUCUUGUGCCGGCAGUGAAUGUCAAAGAAAAAGUUGAAGUAAAUGGAGAAUCCCGCUUAGUUCAGAAAAAGAAAACGUUUUAUCCGGAAUGGGAAAAAUGUUGGGAUACUGCAGUUACUGAAGGAAGAAUUCUUCAAAUAAUUCUGAUGCAUCAACAAACGGCUGUAGUUGAAGCGACAAUGAGACUAGAGGAUAUUAUCAGUAAAUGUAAAGGAGAUGCCAUCACCCAUAUAUGGAUCAAUACGAAACCCCAAGGAAGAAUUCUGGCACAAACUCGACAUCUCAAACAAGCAGAUGAAGAUGACAACCCAGUUGAGGAACCGAUGACGGGACGUGCAGCUUCUGGUCCUGGUCUACAUCGACGAAGAGGUGCUAUCAAACAUGCAAAAGUUCAUGAGAUACGUGGUCAUCAGUUUGUGGCAAAGUUCUUUCCUCAAUUCACUUUUUGCUCAUUAUGCUCGGACUUUAUGUGGGGCCUCAACAAGCAGGGAUAUCAGUGCCAAUUAUGUACAACUGCUGUUCAUAAGAAAUGUCAUGAAAAAAUUCUUAUGCAAUGCACAGGAUCAGCUAAGAACACUAAAGAAACUAUUGCUCUAAAAGAGAGAUUCAAAGUUGAUAUGCCACAUCGAUUUAAGACUUAUAACUUCAAAAGUCCAACUUUCUGUUAUCAUUGUGGAUCAAUGCUUUAUGGUUUAUUCAAGCAAGGCUUAAGAUGUGAAGUUUGUAACGUCGCUUGUCAUCAUAAGUGUGAAAAGCUUAUUUCUAAUUUAUGUGGAGUCAAUCAGAAGCAGUUGUCUGAAGCACUGUUUGAGAUAAAGCGAGGAGCCCAUUCAAGUUCCAGUUGUCCACCAAACUUGAGUGGUCUUCAUUUGGGUAAUGGAGACAGUAAAGGAUCAACAACUCCGAACGGACUCAUAUCCAAUAAGAUCAAGAACUUGUUUAACAAGCAUCAGUAUAGUGUCGAGAAUCAGUCUGAACAUCAGGAGUAUAUGAAUGAUUUGUGGACAGGUGGAGAUGGACCUGUCAAGAAGUUUACUUUAUCGCAUUUUAAUUUACUUAAAGUGUUGGGUAAAGGAAGUUUCGGAAAAGUAAUGCUCGUUGAAUUAAAAUCAAAGAGUGAAUUUUAUGCAAUGAAAUGCUUGAAGAAAGAUGUGAUUCUGGAAGACGAUGAUACUGAAUGUACUUACAUAGAGCGACGAGUUCUUAUCUUAGCCAGUCAAUGUCCAUUCCUCUGUCAGCUGUUUUGCUCAUUCCAAACAAAUGAAUAUCUGUUCUUUGUUAUGGAAUACUUAAAUGGUGGUGAUUUGAUGCAUCAUAUCCAACAAGUGAAAAAGUUUGAUGAGAACAGGACACGAUUCUACGCUUGUGAAAUCAUUGUUGCUCUCCAAUUCUUACAUUCCAAUAAUAUAAUAUACAGAGAUUUAAAACUUGAUAAUAUUCUUCUGGAUGCUGAAGGACAUAUUAAAUUGGCUGAUUUUGGUAUGGCAAAAACAGAAAUGAAUCGUGAAAAUGGCAUGGCUUCAACCUUCUGCGGAACACCUGAUUACAUUAGCCCUGAGAUCAUCAAAGGACAGUUAUAUAAUGAAGCUGUAGAUUUCUGGUCUUUCGGAGUCUUGAUGUAUGAAAUGCUUGUUGGUCAGUCGCCAUUCCAUGGUGAAGGAGAAGAAGAACUUUUCGAUUCAAUUUUGAACGAAAGACCAUAUUUCCCGAAAACAAUCACGAAAGAAGCCGCCAAAUGUUUAUCAGCUCUUUUCGAUCGAAAUCCAAACACACGUCUUGGAAUGCCUGAAUGUCCUGACGGCCCCAUUCGACAACAUUCCUUCUUCCGAGGUGUAGAUUGGAAAAGAUUCGAAUCACGACAAGUUGCUCCUCCAUUCAAGCCUACUAUUAAAUCUGCCGCAGAUGCCUCAAACUUCGAUGAAGAUUUCACAAAUGAGAAAGCUCAACUCACACCGGUACAUGACAAGAAUCUCCUGGCUUCCAUAGAUCCUGAAGCGUUCCUUAACUUCUCUUACACAAAUCCAAAUUUCUCGACUUAA